AACAGAAUUUCAACUGCUUUAAUUUAUCGACAGUUUCUUUCACACUGGACUUCAAAACUGCAAAGAUAAGAGGCAAAAUCAACGGAGUGUGUUCCAAUUAAAAUGCAAAUUUCUUGAUGUAACUUGAACGAUUAGUUGAAAGCGAGCGCAGUUGAACAUCGUCAACCAUUUACACUCAAGGAUUGGUCAAGGAACAGAAUUUAUAUUGCAGGGGGUUAUUUCAUUCAAACCUCACCGAGAUAAGAUUAAUAUUCCAUCUAAUUACAAGGCCAAAGAGUUCACAUCGUGAGGCAUUCCGGGAUCGUUUUACAGAUUUCCUGUUGAUCGACUUCAGAGCUCUAGCUUGCGUGGUUUGCAUAUUGACGUUGCCUCUCUACCAACUCAGCUGUGAUCCAGUUAUUCAAAUUGUUUGUCCUAAGAGGAUCGCACAGCGACAUCCAAUACUCCAUCUACACAUCUCAAAGCAGAUUUAAACUAUUCUAUACCGAAGGACGAAGGAACAGAUUGGUGUAUUGACCGAAGGGUAUUUAUUAUCAUCAUGUCCGGAAGGCCCUUCGCACUCAAGACGAAAAGACGAACUCGGAACACGAACUCGUUCUCGUCAGACGACGGAUCAUCGAUCCGUAAUAUCGAUCGAUACGACAGCGAUGGAGAGAGCAUUGGUUCCGAUACCGACUCCAUUGGAAGUGGUUUUAAGAAUUUUCCCGAACUAGACAUGUCUCCUUCACCUCGGAGUCUAUCUCCUCUGAGUACGUCAAGCACUGGAGCCAGCGGUAGUAACUCAUUGUCUCCUUUGACGUUCGGCUUUAAUAUGGAGACGCUGGAGUUUACACAGAGCGAGAAACCGUCGCCAAGUUUGCUCGAAAAAUCCAUCGCUAGUCUUCCUGCAGGAUCAGAUCUCAAAAACACUUUACUGUACAUUCGAAAACAAUUAAAACAUAGUUUACUACGCGUGAAAGACCUUGAGGAACAGGUCAAAUGUGUUCCAACUUUACGAGUACAGAAUUCGGUUCUUCAAGAAGAGAAACGACAGUUGUUGAAGCAAUUACAGUCCAAGUGCUCGAUGAAAAAAAACCGUUCGUACGGUUAUAACGAUUUGUAUUACAAUACCCUUCGGCAACGAGGAUGCAAAAGUGACACUGAAGAUGACGAAGAUGAAUUCGCUUCCGUCAGAAGGAAACUCAAAAUGAAACUAUCUGGAUCAACGUCUUUGCUCAAUGGAAACACAGACACUGAUACAACUGAGACUAAAGAAAACGUUUGUGAACGAUGCAAGAGUGGCUUCACUUCUGCAAUAAAAUUUAAUAAAGAAAAAUUGGAAACUUUUGAAAAUAUUCCUCAUAAUCGGGGAACGCAGACGAAAAUUCGAGGUAUUGAUCAUACGAUAUGGAAGAGCAAUGCUGAGAAAGAGAAUGACAUCCACGCAAAAGAAGCGAAAGACAGCAGCCCUAGGCGUAAAGUUUCAACAAGAUCAAUAGGUGUUGGAAUGAUAAGGUCUUUUACUAAAGAUUGUGGCGUUGGAAGUGGAAUCGCCGAAUUAAAAACUAAAGACCAAACUUCACAGACUUUUGUCGAAAAAACAAGCGUUGGUUGUGACUCUUUAGUCUCGGAAAGUUUUGACAAAGGAAUUAACGUCAAACCCUACAUGGAAUCGUGUGCUUCUCAAACUGAGCGGUUUCAGAGCCCUGGUUACCAGGGAGACCAAAAUAAAGAGGUUGAGUGUAUCGGGACACAGACAACUAUAGCCGAACCUUAUGUUUCUGUGGGUGUUGGUAUUUGUACGAUUGAUGAUGACUAUUGCUCACGUUGUUUGAGUGAUGAAGAGUUCAUUACGACGAAGUCUGUUGACGAAAUUAUGGCCAAUAGAAUAGACUUACCAACUUAUAGAUCUUACGGAGUUGGUAAUGGGUCAUUAGAUGAUAAUUAUCUAUGCCACAGAUGCUGGGGAGUAGAGUUUAAAGAAGCAGCUUGCGGCGAUGGAAAACUCACAAUAAAUGACCUCUUUGGGAGUAUGAAGCUGCAGAAAGAUGACACAAAUAAGGUCGCUAUUGAUUCUAAAAGCAAAACUACUACCAAAAUGAAUAGAGUUGGAAUAAGUCGGCUAACGGAUUCAGUGUGUGUUAAUUGCACUUCAAAAAGAGUCCGUUCAGUUGGGUCAGGAAGCGACAGCAUUUCUGAGCUCCUGUGCGAUAGGUGUAUUAACGUGAAAACACGAUCUAUUGGUGCUGUAGCUGCUCCGAGUGUAAAGACAUUAGGUGUUGGUGAUUGUAGUGUUACUGAUAGCUUUUGCGACCGAUGUUUGAACGUACGCACGAAGACAGUAGGUGUCGGUGAAUGCUGCCUGUCAGAUAAUUACUGCGAUCGUUGUUUCCAAUUAAAAACAAAGUCGACUGCAGUCGGUGACUAUGACAUUGACAAUACUACUGGAAUAUCGAUCGACAACAAUGACAACUUCGUUGGUCUAAGCAUGCGCAUUAAUGGACAUGUCGAUAAGAAUGACGUCAAAGCGUUAGUCGCGAAUAAGAACUCGACGUACGAAGGAACAGACAGCAGUGAACUAAGCGAUGGUGGCAACUCUACUCUUACKCAUGUGAGUGAUACUGUGGAAUCAGAUGAAGCAAGUAUUGACCACGAUAACCCCAGCAGCGAUAGCACAGGACAGAUGAGUGAGCCUUCAAUGUCGUCCAGCGGACAGCGGUCACGUGUUAGGCUCAGCGAAGAAGUCCUCUCUGCCUGCAAACUACUGAAUGGUCAUUUAUACAAAGGCAAGGAAAUCGGACGAGAACAGCUGGUCUCUUGUAUGAGCACCGUCGAGAACCACUGGUUUGAGUGUGUGACGUCACCUGGCUGCCGUGCUGACGUCAUCAAGGCAUAUGUUAAGGCCUUCAGGGCUUACAUUCCGGUUCUCAUGGAGACCAUUAUAAACCUCAGGGACAAAGAAGGUAAUAAUGCACUGCACUAUGCUGUCAGCUUCAACAACUGGAAGGUAGUGAACACGAUUCUUAAAACAAACUUUGUUGAUGUUGGACUACCAAACCAGGUGGGAUACAACGCUGUCAUGCUUGCAGCGCUAACAGGCCUGGAAAGAGAAGAGUUCACAGACAUCGCUCGCAGACUUUUAGACCUUGGUGAUGUGAACAGUAAAGUAGAGGAGACUGGUCAAACUCCUUUAAUGUUAGCCGUAACUCGCGGUAGGCUUGACAUGGUGGGACUUCUAUUGGAGGCUGGCGCUGAUAUGAAUGCGCAAGAUAAC